AUGUCUGCUCGUCUCCAGGCCAAGGACGAUCCCAUCACGAGAUACUUUCACCUAAAAGUGCAGUCACCGUUGCAUGUCCGGGGCGGCGCGGCGUGGAUCCGGAUCAGUUUCCACGGUUUCUCCAUGUCGUUUUUGGUGGAGCACCAAGUGUCGAGUCGCAACGUCGAGACGUAA